UAGUUCCUUUUCUGAAUUAAUCUGAGAUAGUGCUACAGAAAAGUAUUCAAUCUGACUUGAAAUUAAAUGUUUGGCGACGGGUUAGUAUGAUAUCUAUUUGAACGUGCUUGUCGUUUGAAAAUUAUAGUAAAACCAAGACUAUUAAUUUGGUCACGUUUUUUUAUACACCAACAAUACAUUUUAAAACGUUUUUAGAAAUAUGUCAACGUUUGUAAGUUUGCUAGCUAAGCAAGCUAGCUGAUGUUGUUAGCCACGACCACUCUGGUCGAUCAGACUAGCGUGACAAAAGGGUGUUCUCGUAUUCAUUGUUCAAAAUGACUUCGCCCUAUUUCGCUCAGAACACCGGGGUCAUUACCAGGAGCGUUACACAGACCGGGCAUUGUCUCGGUUUUGCUACGACUUUAAAAAACAUUUCGGAGAGGAAAGUGUCCAAGGCGACUUCGAGUAGGCACGUGAAACAGGAGGAAGAGGAGUCAGAUGUCUCCAGUCAGGCUGGUGGACAAUGUUCAGGUAGUGGGUCCUUCUGUCUCAGUCACCCGACAGUCGUCCAACCCAAACCAGGGCCAGACAAACCCACACCCCUUCUACCCUCAGCCAAGAGAAGGGGCCACGUGAAGGUGGAAUACGAUGAGAGUGCGGAGCCCGAUACCUGGCAGCCUCCUGAUUGGAGGAAGCAACUGCAUCACAUGCGUCAGAUGAGGAGUGGCAGGGAUGCCCCCGUUGAUGUCAUGGGGGCUGAGAAAUGCUAUGACACAGACGCCCCUCCUGAGGUGAGGCGUUACCAGGUGCUGGUGUCUCUCAUGUUGUCUAGCCAAACCAAGGACCAGGUGACCGGGGCGGCCAUGCUGAGACUCAGGGCUCACGGCUGCACCGUGGACGACAUCAUCAACACCGACGACCGCACCCUGGGGCAGCUCAUCCACCCCGUCGGCUUCUGGAGGACAAAAGUGAAGUACUUGAAGCAGACGUCAGCCAUGCUGCAGGCAGAAUUCGGAGGGGACAUCCCUAACUCUGUAGAGGGUCUGGUACGACUACCUGGGGUGGGUCCCAAGAUGGCCCACCUGGCCAUGGACAUCGCUUGGAAUCAGGUCUCUGGAAUAGGGGUGGACACACACGUUCAUCGUAUAUCUAACAGGCUGGGUUGGACAAGGGUCAGGACCAAGAACCCAGAGCAGACACGCAAGGCCUUGGAAGACUGGUUACCAAGGGACCUGUGGAGUGAGAUCAACUGGUUACUGGUGGGGUUCGGUCAGCAGGUGUGUCUGCCGGUCAGUCCUCUCUGCUCAGCGUGUUUGAACCAGCACAGCUGCCCCUCAGCGCACCAAGCCCCCCCAGGCAAGAGGCCUAAAGCUGGGUCACCCCGGUCCCCUGGUUUGGCCAGGGUCAAGCUAGAGCCUGGUUCUCCCCCCUCCGUCAAAAGGGAACCUCCGGAUACCCCGCUAUCCCCAUCUACCCAAAAAAGGAGGUCCAAAGCCAGAACCAAGGCCUCAUGAUGGGAAUGUGGUGGGAGAACACAGUUUAUUUCAACCCGAGGACGGUUUUGUUUCUUUUUUCAACGACCCUGUUUGUUGCAGAACUAGUAUUGAACAAACUCCUGUGUAGGGUAGGAUACCCCUGAGGCUGUACCCCCCCCCCCCCCCUCAACUGCCCGUCAACCGUCUACCAACUCUGUUAUUCUAAACCCAACCUCAGCGAGCAGUUACUUAUCAACAGAUAGAAACACUAAACUAACCAUGUAGAGCCUCCAAACACGGACAUUGGGACUUGGUCAGAUAUGUAUAUAUAACUGUCAAUCCGCAGCAAAGAUGGAUUUUCCACCAUGGUCACACCAUGGGCUGUGUCAGUAAAUAUUUGGAUUAUGUACAACUAACUGUGACCGGUGUUUCUCUUCAGUUUAGGCACAUUAAAAGGGCACGUACCAGUUUUACUUACUCAAAGGGGCAGAAAGAAAUUGAUUGGUUCAGGCGAACACCCAAUCAAAACGGAGGCAGUCCUGAUCAACAUUUCAGGCUGGAUCAAAAGAGCACAUGAUUGUCAUCUCAACCAAAAACUCACCGCUGAAUGUUAGCAUAAUCAAGUCAUUUAGCAUGAACUUCAUUAUUCUCUUCCACAGACAUUAGCAGAAUUGUUCGCCUCUUGAUGUAAUUUGAAGGGUUCAUGAGCGCCGCCUCCACUCCAUUUCGAUUUGAUGUUCGCCUGUACCAAUGCACGUUUCUUUCUGCCCUCAGAACGUUUAAGUAAAACUGGCAAUGUGCUUUAAAGAUGUCUUUUUAUGGACCCAACGCUCUAGCCACUAGAAUACAUUCACAGCUACCUGCUUUGACCCAUAGAAUUCAUUUUAUUAAACCAAGGAGACACAUUGAGACCUAGCUCACAUUUACAAGUGUCCUGGGAACAUUAAUCCAAGAAUAAAACAAAAUUAACAAACUGA